GCGCUGUUUGCAUUCAAUGGAGCCAUUUAUGGUCCUACUCCUACCUACGUGGUAUGCUCUGCAAAUACCCGCGGGAGAAGCCCCGAGGUAGUGCUUCAUGGUGCGUGAUCUGUCACAGUCUCUCUCUCCCGACUCGAGCAGGGGCUUAGCUGUUGCGGGCUUGUAGUUAAUGGCAGCACGACUGGCUUAGUACUGCAUCUUUGUUUCAUUCUUCUGGUUCCAUCUGCUCGCUAGCUACCCGAGUCCAUGCCUGAGUUGGAAGAGAUUGUCUCGACGGCCGGCGGGGCGGGUUCGCCGCCACCGCCGCUGUGGUUUCUGGUCUUCCUCGCCCUCGGCCUCCACGCAGUCGUUGUAUCCGCCGCGACCUACCUCGCGUGGCUAUACCGCGCAUUCCUCCGGCGGGGGAAGGACCUGGGCCUGCGCUACGGCGCGUGGGCGGUGGUCACCGGCGCCACCGACGGCAUCGGCCGCGCGCUGGCGCUCGAGCUCGCCCGCAGGGGGCUCCACCUCGUCCUCGUCGGCCGGAACCCCGCCAAGCUGUCCCGCGUCAGCAAGGAGGCCCGGAAUGCGGCGCCGUCCUGCAUGGUCAAGAGCGUGGUGUUCGACCUCGCCGGUGGCGCGACGGAGCUUUCGCGGGGCGCGGCGAGGGUGGCGGCCGCCGUGAAGGGGCUCGACGUGGGCCUCCUGGUGAACAGCGCCGGCGCGACGUACCCCUGCGCGGCCUACUUCCACGAGGUGGAGGACCCGGUGUGGGAGGCCGUGGUGCGGGUGAACGUGGAGGCGGCCACGCGGAUCUCGCGCGCCGUCGUGCCAGCCAUGGCGGCCAAGGGGAAGGGCGCCAUCGUCAACGUCGGAUCCGGGUCGUCGGUGGUGGUGCCGGCGUUCCCGCUCUACGCCGUGUACGCGGCAAGCAAAGCGUAUAUUGACCAACUAUCUCGGAGUCUUAGCGUCGAAUACAAACACCACGGAGUGGAUGUCCAAUGCCAGAUUCCUUUGUACGUGGCCACCAAGAUGUCACCUGUUAAGGGUAACUCUCCGUUCAUACCAUCACCCGAGGAGUACGUCAAAGCUGCCAUUCGUUGCAUUGGUUACGAGCCGAGAUGUGUACCCUACUGGCGCCACUCUGUCCAGUGGUUCUUGGCGUCUCUAGCGCCAGACUCUGCUCUCAAUCUGUGGCGUCUCCGGGUUGGUAUCCGGAAGAGAAACGAGAUGAGAGCCCUGAUCGGAGAGAAGGAGCUCAACUGAACAGCCCAUGGUCUUUGUAAGAGGAAACCGUAAAGCAUGAUGUGAUCUGUUUAUUUUUUGUGGGAAGUGAUUUGGACAGUCAUCAGCGCCCGUAUUUGGUCUACAUUUAGGCUUGUUUCGGAAGUUGAGUAUUUGGGUUUUUCUCUCGUAUGUAAUUAACGUUUGUUCUCUUGUCGAUGUUCUUGAUUGAUGCAACAGCGAGCUACGGUGGCUCAGUUACCUCUGUAUAUUCCCUAUUGAUCCAAGGAUGCAGCUGUGAAAUGAGUAAUUUCUUUGUUGGAUGA